CUAUCCUUGUUUUCAAACAAAAAUAUUAUUUUUUAAAAGACUGCAAUCCAUGUUUCCAAACACUCCAAAAUUUUAAAAGUCAUAUUCAAGUCUCCAAACAGUCCAAUUUUGUACUUGAGUUUUAAUAAGAUAGAUAUAAGUUUGAUAAAAAAAAAACCGUUAAUAUAACAUGGACAUGGGUCUUAAGAAAUAGAAAGGGCCCAAACAUCAUCGACUGUAGUUUGGGCUGUGGCGGUUGAAAAAGGGGUUAAAGUUGCUUUUGCAACAAGGAAAAGAAAGCGCUUCAGGGAACCCUAACCAGGGCUUCGGGAAAGAGAAAUAUUCCAGAGCCGACCCUGAAUGCUAUCUAUAAUCUUUUUCCCUGAAGCAAAGAAGAAAAUGUCUCUGUUUAUCAGCCGAGUCAGGAAUCUAUCUGCAUAUAGAGUGGUCAGUGCUCGAUUCUUCUCAUCUUUGCCGCCGGAGUCUCCUUGUUUCCUUUUGAGUGAUAAGACGGUGAAAGAGUGUCGGGAGAGUGGUGAAAGGAUCGUAAGAUACAGAAUAUUCGACCCGAGGACUGAACAAGUAGUGACUACCUCCGAGAAGAAGCUUCCCAAGGAGCUGAUUGGUCAAACACUCUUUGGAUCAUCGCAAGGAUGGGUUGCUUCCAUGGACAGUAAAGAUCUCCCUAUAAAUCUGACGGAUGUGUAUAAGCCACUUGUCACAUCCCCAAGAGUCAUACCUUUGCCUUCCCUCGGUUUUUAUCCGCGUCCCUUUACAACCGAGCUGUCUCUUUCGUCUCAGUGUCCUGACCAAGACCAAGAAGACUUCACUGUGGCUGCAAAAUUUUGCGGAACUCAUCUAAGUGUAUGCACUCCUUGUUUGAACUCCGAGUGGAUUCACAUAGAGACCUCUUUACCUCUCGUUCCAGCCUCUGAGCUCAUGUAUUCCAAGAGAGACAAAGCCUUCUAUUUCACCAGUGCUAAGGGUCUCUACAUGGGUUCACUGCCUCUCAGCAGCAACAAGAAGGAGAAGAAGAAGAUAAAGUAUCAAGAAGUGCGUCUAUGCAACUUCCCUAAGAUCCCUGGGGAGAUGUUGGAUAGAUGUUUCGCGAGCAAGCACUUGGUGGAAUCUCCCUCUGGUGAUCUUUUUUUGGUCAAGUGGUACGCACAGUGCACACACAUAGAGGAGGACGGCAACGGGGAAGCGCAAGGCAUACACAGCAAAACCAAGCGGUUCAUGGUAUUUAGGCAAGACAAAAAGCGCAGAGGAUACUUUAGUUACACGGAAGAUAUUGGAGAUCUAUGCAUCUUCCUUAGCAAGGGUGAAGCCUUGUGUCUUUCGUCGAGCAUGUACCCGGGGCUCAAACCUAACUCCAUCUAUUACAUUGGCCAUGGUCUUGGUUCUUACGACCUAGCCUCUGGUGCGGUUCAUUCCUUUGAAUCUCUAGGUGCUACAAUGCUUAACCAUGCUCCUUUCUGGAUCCAUUAAUUCUAUUAUCUGAUCUGUUGCUAUAUAUAUAUGACUUGGGGCUAGCUUGUGUACUUCUAAUAUGGUGUCAUUAUGCCCCUACAAGUUUUGCUUUGUACUCUGUCCUUCUUUUCUAAACUAGUCAACUAUUUAUGCCUAUGUGCUUUGGCCUAUCUUGGUUUUGAAUAUCGUCGGAUAAGAAAGAACGAAUCGAUUUAGUAUAGCUAGAAAGAACGACCAACUUAACUAGUUAGAAAGAACGACCAAUUUUAAUAACGUUUUAAGGGUCUCUAAUAUCCAGUUAAGCCAGGCGGAGACUUUAAUUCGUAUCUGCCUAAUUAUUUCGACAUGUUAUGACUUUUUUUAACACCGAACGGAUGAUUAUUAUAGGACAGUUCAGGUGUUCACAAGCGGCGUAUUUAAGCAACGAAGGGAAGAGGCAGUGCACAUUUAGAAAAAAUCACGGUAGUAAUGUUUGGUUUGUAUUUAAACCAUUCAGUUCCAUUUGACUACGAUUCAUCCUUCAUCUAUCCUACACUAGUUUGAGGACAUUUAAUAAAAAUUAAAUAAAUACAGCUCUUUAAGUCACAUGUGGGAUUAAAACUUUCAAAAAAGAAAAAGAAGAAAAAAAAUGAAUCAUGUGUUCGUAGACUUGUUGUGUUCCACUUUUCGUUUUCGUAGGGUCGUGUUCAUUUUCAAAAAGUCAUGUCCAAUACCUCCAAUAAUUUGGUCUGCUCACGAGCAAUGUUUGAAUUUGUGGGUGCCAAAGUUAUAAGGAGAUGUUUCCAGUAUUACUUGAUUGGAAAGAAAAAUUUAAAACGUGCAGAACUUUACACCAUUUCAUAUUUUAAUACUAAACUAGAUUUUGACCCGCGCUUUCAAAGCGCGGAAUCAUUUCUUAUUAAAAUUUCAUUUAAAUUAAUAAAUAUUUGUCUAAUUUAUAUUUUAAUAGAUUUUAUAUUUGUUUAUAGUAAUUUUUUAUAAUUUUGUCUUCUUUAUUUUUUAUUAUAUAAUAAUAAAUUUGUGUACUAAUUAAUUUGUGCAAACUUUUACUCAAUAAAUUUAAGGGCAAAUCUCCAAAAUAGCACAUUUCUAAGUUUAUAUCACAAAAAUAGCACUGAAAAACUAAAAUGACCAAAAUAGCAUUUUAUCUUUUGAAAAAUUUAAAUUUUUUUUAUUUUUCAAAAUUUGAAAUCUUAUCCCCAAAACCUCACUUCUCAACUCUAAACCCUAAAACCUAAACUCUAAACCCUAAACCCUAAAUUUUAAACCCUAAACACCACCCCUUGAGUGCUAUUUUUGUGACUUUUGGCCUUGAGUGCUAGUUUGGGAACAAAAACUUGAUUUAGUGCUAUUUUGGUCUUUUUCUCUAAAUUUAAUUAUAUUGUGAUUAUAUAUUUGCUAAGGUUAUUUAUUUACGAUUUUAACUUAUUAAUUAAAUAUUAUAUGAAAAAUGUAAUAGACAUUACGUUUUUCAUUCUACAUAUUUUUAAAUAAUGCAUAAAUAUUAAAUUAUAAUUACAUAAAUAUUAAAUAAUAAUUAUGUAUUUAAAUUGACUUAUAAUUUUUUUAAAAGAAAAUAUUGUUGGGCUUCUUUGACUUUAAGUUUUUAAAUUAUUGGGCUGUUUUGUUUAGUUGGACAGAAGCAAAUGUGUUGGGCUUUUAAUUUCUGAAAACCAUUAAAAACAAUUGAAAAAAGAAAUGGAAUGUUUUGUAAUUAAUAAGAAAAUUUAGGGGCAGAUUCAUAAGAAGUAUUCUGCUUUAAUAGUAUAGAUAUAAAGGGAAUAAAAACAAGGGUUUUUAGUAAUUAAACCCAUCAACUAAAGAUGAAUCGUAAAAAAACCCCUCAACUAAAAAUCUUGUGAAAUAAACCUUCAAUUCCGUUAACAUAUGUUACCCUCCGUUUAAAAAACCGUGACGGAGGGUGACAUAUGUUAACGGUUUAUAAG